AUGUACACUCUGCCCGUCUUGAUUGCGGCUUUAUUUUUACAUGUCAAGUUCCCCUUGCUUCCGGGUCUGAGAGACACCCUCUAUGGCAUCAUUGUCCUCAGCGCCUGCAGCGCCAUUUUCUACCCGCCGGAUACCAGGGACUUUAUCAGAUAUACCAACGCAUUUCUGUCUACUUCCUUUGUCAUCCGCGCUGUGGAACUUCUCCUGGUCCAAGAUCUGAGUCACUUAAAGCGCCUACAAAGAGUGUCUUACCUAUCCUCUUCACCCGUAUAUACAUGGGAGCCCAUAUCUCCCACGCUAGGCUGGAAGCGCUUUGUCCAGGUCUGCGAUCUGAUCAUCAAUCCACGCGCCGUGGGUUGGAGCUACGGCUCUCCCAAGUACCAGCCUCCCGUCCGGAAGCUCGAGGCUGCCUCAGCCCCGGAUGGCGCAAAUGGCUGCGUUCCUAAACGUGAGGACAUCGUCCUGGUAGCGGGUGAUGACCGCUUCACGUUCCUGAUAGGCAAGCUCUGUCGAGCUCUCGUAGCCUAUUUCAUCAUCGACUCGUACCAGACAGCGAUUGGGCGGAACUACUCCAGCGUCAGCAACUUCGUAGAGACAUUCCUGACAAAUGUGCUGGGCAUCCAAGCAUCCCCGGCCAAAACUGAGGGUGUGAUCCGGUUGUUCGUCCUCCCACCAGUACACUGGAUGGCCUCAUACGCCUUCGUAGACGGAAUCCACGCCGCUACCGGCGUAUUUUCCGUCGGAGUGCUGCGGAUCAUCUCUCCGCAGCUCGCAGCGGAACCGUGGAUGUAUCCUCCUGUCUUCGGGGCAAUCCGAUACAUGUUCACCUUUAGCCUACGAGGCAAGUCACCUAACCCCCCUUCUUACUCGUCCAAGGGCAACAGUCUAACAAAAGAAAAAUCCAGACAUCUGGGGCAAAAUGUGGCACGAUCUCUGCCGUCGGCCAUUCCUGGCCCUUUCCCUCUCCCUUGUACCAGAAGCAUGCCCCUUAGGCCUCAAACGGCUCCUCAUCGUCUGCCUCUCCUUCAUGGUAUCUGGCAUCGUCCACGCAGCAGGGACCUACGCCGUCUCGAAGGACUGCAAAUCAUCUCCGAUCAGAUCUUGCCGCGUGUCCUUCCCGCGAAAAGUACUAUCUCUCGGGUUGUUAUUUGGCUCGUAAAUGCGGCAUUCGUGGCAGCGUGGGGCUAUUAUACUAGUCCGUGGUUUUUGAAUUACAGUAUUGGAUUGGAUACUGAUAGGGUUUCGGUUGUUAGCUAG